AUGUCAUCUCGUUGGGCUGCGGAGCAAGAAGAAAAAGACCAGAAAGAGAUGAUCAAGCUGAAGAGGCGCCGAGUUCAGCCUCCUCCCCCAGAGAUUCUUCUGCCUUACCUUGGUCAAGUGGCCCUACACGAGCUGGCCAACCGGAAUGGUAUUUGGUUCAAGUAUUCCUACCGGCCAACUGCAGUCGAUUUCCAAGACUGGGAUACUGCCUUCCAAGGGACUUGGUGGUAUUCCUUGUGGCUGGUAGCAGCUACUGGAGUCAUUCUGGCAUCUCAUGACCGUGACCUAGGCCACGACUUCAACACCAAGCAAGGUGUUUUCUGCUCACCUUCGCUUGCAAUUGCUGAGCAGUAUGCAAGACCCUGCAAGCCCUUCCCUGAUGGAUUAUACCAUCGUCUGGUGUACGAACUCUGGGUUGAGCCCGGCAAGCGUGUCAAACGCAAGAAUGGGCAUACUGUGCAGUGGAUUGUGCCACAGAACGCCGUGCGUCUCAAAGCGUUGUGGUUGAGGAUUGAUGCGCCACCGGAAGAGUUUGUCGAGGGCUGGAGUGUGUGGAAGCCUUUCCUGGAAGCGAAGCCUACGGAUGCGACUGGUCCGGACAUUGUCAACGUCAGUGACUUGCCUUGCAUUGACAGCUUCCGGUCUGCAGAGAUUGCUGGCAAUCCUGACGAUGUUGUCGGGAUCUCUCCGGGGCUCGGUUCCGAGACGGAGGACAGCAGCAGCGCCACCAGCUCUGAGUCUGAAACUGAAGAGAGACCUCAAACUCCUAGGCCAAAGGCGAUGCCGAGACCUCAAACUCCUAGGCCAAAGGCGAUGCCAAGGCGGCGGAUACCCCACACGCUUACAGAGAACAGCGGCAGGAGCCUGGAUUUCGAGGAGAAACCCAAGACUCCUAGACCAAAGGCCAUGCCGAAGCAAAAAUUGUCCACAACGCUUGCAAAGGCACCUGGGCCACAGCAGACAAGCGAGGUCAGACGUCUUGGCCCUGCACAAGAGGGAAGGCCUCGAGAUCCGGGGGAGUUUGUGCAGGUUCCUCCCUGGAGAGCUGGCAGCAUGCCAAGCCAGGAGUCAUACACAGCGCAUGCGCAAGGCUCAUCUCGAAGCGCACGUUGCGAGACUUCAGGAUAUGCUGACCAUUAUCAUGGCUGGGAGGAAUGGAAGCCUGACUAUGCAGGAGUGAAGGAUCCGCCUCAUCGUGAAACCAAAGGCGGAGAGUCUUGGCAUUCUGCGGACGGCUCAGCCAGUCAGAAAAAUCUGGAAAACGCGUAUCGGGAAUGCAGACACGAUUCCUGGCACUAUGACAAAAACUGGUCCAAAUACCAGCACAGCUCUGGAGACUGCACCUGUGAUUCUUGGAAGGAAUCGUGGCAAAGAAUGGAUGGCUGGCCAGAUCACAGCAGGUCUGGCAAGUCUGGCAACUUGUGGCAGAAUGACACCUGGUAUUACAAAGCCAGCUGCGGAAGCAACGAUCAGACAUAUUUGCCGGAGGCUUGGCACCCUGACCCGACAAGGUCCACACACCAGGAAGAUGCUGGAAGCAAGGAUGUUUGGGGAACAUGGCAGCCU